AUGUUUACGAUGAUGUCUGGGUUUGUCAUAGCAAUAAAUAAGUGCACCCAGGAGCCAGAGUCCCUGACGCCUCCUGCUCCAUUUGUGUUUGCAGCUCUGCCCCGAAUUGCUGGCUACUUGCAUCUGCCACACACAAUUAAAAAACAAGGCGAGCGAACAUUAGUGCCUCCGGGCGGACUCGAGAAAGGGCACGAGCAUCACCCACAGGACCCCAGAACCCUCGGGCUUCCCCAAGGGCCGUGUACCCCGAGACUCCAGGCUCUCUCCCUCUCGGCAUCCCCGGCGCCCCGACGUCGAGCUACACCGUCAACCACCUCCACUCCCUGGGCGGCGGCGGCGCAGGCUGCAGCCAGGGAGACCGACCGGAGCCGCGGAGCUGGGUCGCCGGUGCCCGCGCGGGGAACGGCGCACCGUCUGCUCCGCCCGCCCGCGGGAUUACACCGUCCACCGGGCGGGGGCACCUCCACGCGCACCUGGGCGCCCCCAGGGCCGCCGCGGAGCAGCUGCCGACCAAGCAAUUCAAACCCGUUGCGCUCCGAACAGCGCGGACCUGGGGGCACCGCGAGCAGCUGGUCACCAGGCUGA